UUGAGCGCCUCCAACUGUACCCCUCUGGUUUUGCAGCAAGACGUUGCACAGGCCCCAAGCGCAAUUUAAACCAUCUCAAUCAGCUCAGCCUCCCCACCCCCAUUCUCUGAACCUCGCACCCUGGCAGCACACGGUCCCUGCAAGCCCCCGAUGGCCGAUGAGAUCGGCGGCGGCGGCAGCGGCGGUGGUGGCGAGGGGCGAAUGGAACCGGGUCCUCCGCGCCGCUGCUGGCGGCGGCGUCUGCUCAACAGCGGGUGCCGGACACGCAAAGCGGCAUGGUGGCGGCAGCGGCGGCGGCGGCGCAGCAGCAGCAGGUGGGCGCCGUGAGGGCCUGAAUUACAGGCCGGAGGAGACGGCGGCGUCGACGAAGCAGCGGCGGCCUCCGCGCAUCCUGCGGGCGCGGCUGAUGCCCCGCUGGCGGCCAUGAACACUGUCAGCAACAGCAGCGGCGGACGCGACGAGGGCGACGCCAUGGCGGUGGCGCCAGCCGCGAAGGGCGUGGCCGCAGCGGCUGCGGCGGCGCCCGGUGGUGCGGCUGUGCCCCAUGGAAUCAGGGGCGGCGGCGGAGGAGGAGGGGGCGGCGGCGGCCACCAUGGCGGACUCGCACUCGCCCGCUGCCUCCGGAACCUCCGCCGGCGGGUCCACCAAGUCGCCCGGCACAGCUGGGCCCGCGGUCGCGGCCGGGCUGCCAGCGGCUGCCGUGCCCACUGCCUCUCGCGUGGGCGGCGCGGCGCACACGGGCAGUGGCGGUGGCCCCAAGCGUGGCCGUGCGGCCUCCGGCAGCGGCGGCGGCCGCGGCAGCGGCAGAGGGCAUGGAGGCGGUGGCACUGCGGGGCCGGCUGCUGGCGGGGGAGGAGGCAAAGGUGCGGCCACGGGCCGGCCAGGCCCGGCGUAGGGCUGUCUCCCUGGUCAGCGGCGGCAGUGUGCGGUCGGCGCGCAUGCAGUUGUGUUGUUGAUGCUGUGACGUUCGUUUCAUCAUUGGCGGGAGAGAAAUAGAACGGACAAGGCAGGGAGUUAUCGGCAGCGGUGUGUAUGUUUGCUGGCGUGCUGGCACAGCGCGGCACCAAGAGCGGCAACAGGCCUGCAGUCAAGCACGGAGCUGUUUUGCGGUGGGCCGUCUGGCAGUAGUUGGCAGGAUUGUAGGGCAUGCGUGUGAAGCAAGCCGGAAGAUUCUGGCCCGGGCCCGCAAGUAUCGCAUGUCCGUAACUCUCCUGAAGCUAAGCCGGGCCAUCACCUUGACCAUGGCAAACAGCAUGCCCUUCACGGUCUCAACCUGAGCAGGCUCAACCUUAGCAGGCAUAACCCUGUUUACGUGUGCGUGUGUGUGUAACUAAACCCGUAC